CUUCCCUCGUCGCCUUGCUUCGCCACCGCCGCCGGCGAGAGAGAGAGGAGGAUGGGGACCCGGGCAGUGCCGCUUCCUUUCCAGUUCGAGAUCAUCCUCGGCAAAGGCACGUCACCGGUCCCGCGCAACCUGAUCGAUCUCCCUUCGCCGUGCCGUCUCAUCCUUGGAUUUGAUUGUGCAGACCGCGACCAGUGGCCUCCGGAGGCCAGGUUCAUCGAGGCCGCCCACCACGGCGACGUCCGCGACAUCAAGAAGAUUGCAAAGGAGCUGGAUGUGCACGGCCACGGGAUCCUCGCGACGGUGGCCAGCACGACCUACAUGGGCAUGAACGCGCUCCACGCCGCCGGUGGCUUCGGCAAGCUGCCCGUCUACCAGUAUCUCGUCGAGGAGGUCGGAAUGGAAGUCAACAAGCCUGACACCGCUCAGGGUAACUCCUUCAUUCACAUCUUACACCCGUGGAGCAUGCCAUUAACUAUGGCAACCUUCCUGCCGUCAGUUACCUUCUUGACCAUGGCGCUGAUCUGCAUCAGCAACGCUUCAGUCACUCUUCUUCGUUCAGCUGCAGUCCGGGGGUACUCUGAAAUUGUUAAGUUUCUUAUUUCUAGAGGAGCUGAUGUUGAUUCACUAUCAGUUACUGGGACACCACUCUCUCUUGCUGCUCUUAAAGGACAUGCUAGUACUAUCAAGAUCCUUUUGCAGCACAAUGCAGAUGUACUAUUCAAAUUCUUCUUGGAUCUGUUGGCUUUGAACUUCAAUUCUCUCUUUUGCUAAUUUCUCGAAUUUUUCCCACCUAUAUUUGAGGGCAUUAUUGGUUGGUGACUAGCCACGCCUCACCAACAGUUAGGCAAGUGUGAGUUAGUUAGUUAUCCUUUGGUUUGCAGCAACACUUCUGGCAAAAUUCCUUUCCUAUAACUUGGGUGCCAUGUAUCACUGACUAGAAGAAUGUGUGGUAGGAUUCCCAUAGGCUUAGCAUAGUAUGGCACUCCAUAGGCAUGUUUUGCACUCAAUCCGGCCGGAAAUACUUGUCAUAAAAAUGAAUGUAUCUAGAUUGGGAAGAAAUGGACUUGAGGAGAAUUUCCUUUCCUCCAGGAGAUA